AGGUGUUGGCCAAUCGCUCUGGCAGGCAAUAAAGUGGCUGUCAGCCCGCAGGACUCCCAGCCUGGAGGUGUCAUCCCCAGCAGGCACAGGCCAGAGCUUGGACACCCAGCAUGUGGGCACAGCACACGAGGAGGGCGCUACUCAGUCUGAUCCUCAGACUCCUGUUUCUGAAGCCAGUGGCCACGGGCAGCUGCUCAGGCAAUGGCCAAGAGCUCCUCGAGAAGCUCCAGCGUCAGGUGGACCUCAUGCAAGACACCAGCCGGUUCCUGGACCACUAUAUCCGCAUCCAAGGCCUUGACAAGUCUGGACUGAAAGAGCACUGCCAAGAGCGCCCCGGGGUCUUUCCUAGCGAGCAGGACCUGCAGGAGCUCAGCAGGAGGGACUUCCUGCGGACCCUCAACACCAUACUUGGCCAUGUCUUACCCAGACUGGUUACUUUCCAGAAGGACCACCCCAAAGUCGAGGACUUGGGGAUGGUGACAAGGUAUAUCCGUGGGAUCAGGGACAAUAUCCACUGCAUGGACCAGCUGCUUCGAGGCUCCUCGGAGAUGGCCAAACCCACUCGGGCCAGCCCGGGGACCUGGCCACCACACACGCCUGCCUCAGACGCCUUUCAGCGCAAGUUGGAGGGCUGCCGGUUCCUGCGCGGCUACCACCGCUUCAUGCACUCCGUGGGCCAGGUCUUCCGCAAGUGGCGGGAGACCCCGAGCCGCAGGAGCCGGAGACACAGCCCCCAAUGGGUUCUGCAGAGGGGGAUUCACAGGAUGCCACCCUCCAUGAGGGGCAAGAGGCUCGUGCCCAGGGGGCAGCUGCCCCGGUAGCCUUAGGGACCCUGCAGCAGGUGAAGGAUCAGCAGGUGCUCCUCAGGAUGGUGCCACCUCAGGGUCUCCAGUCCUGCC